UUGAAAGACAGCAAUGUUUCGACAAAGCCUAUCUCUAUAGAUACUGCUCGAUUACCUACCUAGUUACGGUAUCAUAAGGUAUGUAGCAACUUUCUCACUAACAAUAAACGUGCGGUGAGGAAGAAGAUGCCUGCUAUGAAUGUCAACCUUUCUACCCGGGUACCUACCCUGGGUGCCCAGGCUGCCCAAAAUCUUCGCAUGCAGGCUCAAAGAAAGUGUAGCCAAGGUCAUAGCCGCUUUCGCUGCCCCCUGGAGCUGGUCCAGCUGAAAGAUUCCAGGCCGACCGUCAGCUCCUUUAGGCGGACUUCCUCUCUUUUUGUCAAGCGUCUUUGCCACUUUCAUCGCUUAUUACUUGAUCAAGGUCCCUCUUGUGCUUGCAAAAGCCUUCAUCCUUGGAUUUUUGUGUUCAUUGACUCACAGCUCAUCCACACAUUUCAUGCCAUCCUCGUGAGAAAUCCAUCAUGGCCUAGAGCAGCCUGCACGAGUCGACAUCUACGGACGUCACAUCCACCACAUUAACAUACCUACAUUGUAGGUAUCGGACCUAACCCCUGCCCUGCCGUAGGCGCAAAAGUUUACGACUUUUGUCCCUCAAACGACCUUUUCAUCCAUACAAAAGUCACGGCCAUCUGAGCACCCACAACGUGUGGUUCUCAAGUCUCCAACUGCAGGAUGAAUGGUACCUUUGCGGGCCCGCAGAGACGAAAUCGGGGUUUCCUCGGCGCGGAUAGUUCGGCCUUGAGCCCACAGGACCGCCAGGAUCGCCGCCAACUUCGCUAUCAGCUGGAUCUAAACUCAUUCAAUGCCAGGAUUUUUAUCAUUACAGCAUCUGGCUUUUUGACUGACAGCUACAACCUUUUCGCCACAAAUGUCAUUCUUACAUCAAUCAACUUUGUUUACUUUCCGAACAACACUGCCCCUAUAGGGCUCAUUAUAAACCUCUUCACCCUACUGGGCUCAGUUAUCGGCCAGCUGCUCUUUGGCUUCCUCGCAGACUACUACGGCCGUGCGAAGCUAUACGGGAUAGAGCUCGUCCUGGUCAUCGUGUCUACGAUAGGAGUAGCCACUAGUAGCCAUGGCUAUAGCGACAAUACAGUCGGGCCAGACAUGUCAUUUCUGGCAUUGUUCACAUGGUGGAGAUUUGUUAUGGGCGUUGGGAUCGGAGCCGAGUAUCCACUGAGUUCGGUAAUAACAUCGGAGUGGUCCAGUACACAGUCAAGAACACUCAUGCUAUCCGCUGUCUUUUUGAUGCAGCCCAUAGGUCAGGCAUUGGCUCAGCUGGUCGGUCUCUUUGUACUCCUCGGCUGGAACAAUGUCAAGCAUCUGGAUUCGAGGCAAUGCGGCCUGGACAGUCUUCAUGAUGCAGAAUGCAAGAAAGCUAUCGAUGGAGUGUGGCGGAUCGUCAUCGGCUCGGGGGCGGCACCCGCUCUCCUGGCCAUCAUAUUCCGAUUCUUCCUAUAUGACUGCGGCUUGUUCACUUUGGAAGUAAAGGGCAAAACCGAAGCGGCUUUCAGAGAUACACAGAAGAUAUACGGCUCUCAACCCCAGUGGCCCGGUUCUCCGACGACGAACGGGGCCACGCCGGUUGCGACACAGCCCGUUCGAGGCGGAAUCCGUCCUUCUACAGUUGGAACUGUGCCACAGAUAGAGCAAGCAACACCUAUACAGUUUUCGCUCGAAGACUUGCGUAACUUCUUCAUCCGUGAUGGGAACUGGAUCUAUCUGCUUGGUACAUCGGCCACAUGGUUCUUUCUCGACGUUAGUUUCUAUGGUGUAAGUUGAUGAGUCGACCGACGGUCAAUCCCGAGACAUUAUGGAGAUCCAACAGUGAUUAUACAGCUUGUAGCAUUCUGAUGCAUGCAGAGAGAGCCUCGAUACAAAGAGAAGAGCACACAAGACUAAUAAAUAACCCAUGGAUUCGAUCCAAAAGUUCUCCCUUGAUAACCGUGGGACGCUCGCCAGCCUCUGGGCGACCUCCAAAACGAUUCCGAUUGACGAGAAUCUCGAGUGCUGGAACUCAUCAUCCGUCGUCCGCAGCUGGUCAAAAGCGGCAAAUGGGAGCUUACCUACAUGGCAAACGGACGUAACUCAUCCAUGCCAUACGAUAUACGAUGUCCUAUUCGAUCAGUCCAAGCAAUAUCUAGCCUCGGUGUCGAUCGCCUCGAUUGCCGGUUCUGCUUGUUUUGUCGUUCUGUGCAACAAGUUCCACCGUCGGAGGAUGUUGACCGUCUCAUUCCUGGUCUUGGCUCUGUUGUUUCUGAUUACAGGUGGCGUAUAUUUCCGGGUGAAAGAAUCGCCAUCCGCCUAUGGCACUGUGGUUAUGGUUGCAAUAUGUCAUUUUGCCUUCAACUUUGGCGCCAACACCUUAACCUUCAUCAUUCCGGCAGAGAUCUUUCCCACUGCCUACCGCAGCACCUGUCACGGAAUCUCGGCCGCCGCUGGCAAACUAGGCUCGAUUUUGGCAGUGCUGAUUGUACACGGGAUCAAAGGAAGCUUCGAGGGGUCGGAUCGACAAGGUGUGCUGUUCAUGCUCUUUGCCACAUUCAUGUUGUUUGGGGCACUCUGCAGCUGGGCAUACCUGCCUGAUGUUCAGAGAAAGAUUGUGGACGGCGGGAAAGUCAGGUGGGAGAACAUGACUCUGGAAGAGCUGGGCGAGGGUAGGGAGAAGGCGAGACGGGAGGGCCAAGUCAUCACCAUCAGGGAGAAGAUUGGAGAGAUCAAAGCCAAGAGGUUGCAGAGGAAGAGGAGGAGGCGGGCAGAGUCGAGGGAAGAAGAGGGGGUUUGAAAACGGCCUCCGACUGUUGUGGGAUACUCGUUCGCUCUUCGCUCUUCACCGAACUUGGCUUCUUGAUUAGGUAUAGCAUCGCCAUGUGGGUCGAAUAUCACAAUGUUCGGACCAUGAUGGGAUUAUAGUAGUAUAGUCAUAUACAUACUGAGCCACA